AGUUUGCUUACAAUAAUAGUUAUCAUUCGAGCAUUGAGAUGGCACCAUUUGAGGCUAUGUAUGGUAGGAGAUGUCGAUCUCCAAUUGGCUGGUUUGAUGCAUUUUAGGUUAGACCAUGGGGUACAGAUUUGUUGAGGGAGUCCUUGGACAAGGUCAAGUUGAUCCAAGAUAGACUUCUCAUGGCUCAGAGUAGGCAAAAGAGUUAUGCAGAUCGAAAGAUUCGUGAUUUAGAGUUUAUGGUUGGAGAGAGGGUUUUAUUGAAAGUUUCACCCAUGAAGGGUGUGAUGAGAUUUGGAAAGAAGGGCAAGUUGAGUCCAAGGUAUAUUGGUCCUUUCGAGAUUGUGGAGCGUAUUGGUGAGGUGGCGUAUCAGUUGGCUUUGCCACCUGGUUUGUCAAGUAUCCAUCCUGUAUUUCAUAUUUCGAUGCUAAAGAAGUAUCAUCAGGGUGGUGCUCAUGUGAUUCAAUGGGAUUCCGUGUUACUUGAUCAGAAUUUGACUUUUGAGGAGGAGCCGGUUACCAUUUUGGAUAGGCAAAUUCGGAAGCUAAGGUCCAAGGAGAUUGCUUCAGUAAAGAUUGAAUGGAAGCAUCGUCUAGUGGAGGAGGCUACAUGGGAGACAGAGGCAGACAUGAGGAGUAAAUAUCCUCAUCUUUUUGAGCGUUCAGGUUAGCUCUUUUCUUUUCCGUUCGAGGACGAACGUUUGUUUAAGUGGUAGGUAAUGUAAUGACCCGCUAGGUCGUUUUGAGAACUAGGACUAUUUUGACUCCUUUUGAAAAUUUA